AUGCUUUUGCCAGUAGGACAUGGUCUUUGCUCAUCCGUUUACAAAGCACCGAUGCAUGGAGCACGUAUCAUGGAGCGGGAAGGUGGUGUGCCGAAUUUUGUCUGCAUCAAGCAAGUGGAUGUUGACGUCCAGAGCGCACCUCAUAAUGUGCAGCGUGAGGUUGCUCUGCUUCAGCGUACUCGGCAUAUGAACCUAGCCUUGCUUCUUGCUGUAUUUACUGAUUCGCCUGACCAUUUUACCACAAUCUACAAUGUGGUCAUGCCACUUUAUCCCAUCCACUUGCCUGACAUACUUAACAGUACUUGUGCGCGUCCCUCUUCGUUAUCUAUGGCUGAAUUAGCCGAGCAGGAUGAACCCUGGCUGCAUGUCCUUGGCUUCCAAACGUAUUCCUCGUUUGUCUUGUCGUCUCUUCGACAGCUUGUCGAGGCUGUUGCACAUCUGCACCACGAACAGAUUGCGCAUCGCGAUUUGAAGCCAUCCAAUAUCAUGUUUGGUAUAGAUGGCACGCUCAAACUAAUUGACCUUGGCGUAGCGUGGGAAGUCGGUAUGCACGAGACGCCUCCUUUUGGUCGCCGUCCAUCUGAAGGUAGCACCGACUGUGCAAUCAUCAGCGAUGUUGGUAGCGGUGCAUUUCGUGCACCGGAACUGCUCUUUGCGCCAAAAAAUGGCUACAAUGCAUUCCAAGCGGACAUGUGGUCGCUCGGUACUGUAUUGGCAGGUUUCUUUACCUCGUUGGAUGAAGAACCAGUACAGUCGCUUGGCGCCGACUUCUUGCCUUGGGAACGCGAGCUUUUCCCUGACCGCCCCACACACCCGGAGUUGUCCCGUCUUCGUCCGCGAGCGUACCAUCGAGCCACCCUGUUCGAUUCGUCCAGCGGCGAUAUCACACUUGCUUGCGACAUCUUCAAAGGUUCUGGGGACUCCCAACGAGACGAGUCAGACUGGCCUGAAGCUGCUCAUUUCCAACCUCCGCUGCAUGAUUUCCCCUUUAUGCACGGGCCUGCCAAAGAAUCUCUGCUUGAUCGAUUGCCGACCUGGGCACAACUUUCCGAAGUGGAUACAUCGCAAGCAUCUCAGUUCCUGAAAACGUUCCUUCCGUAUUGGCUUCCUCGUCUUCUUGAGCUCUCUGCUGCUCGUCGCCCGUCCAUCGAUGAUCUGUUAGAGCAUCUUCGUCAUCCAAUUCCAUAA